CGGCUCCCUCAGCACCACUCCGCCUCCGCCGAGCGCUUCGGUUCCGAUCGCUGAACAGAACUACAGACCCGUUCUGGUUCGUCACGUUCCGGUUUCCUGUUCUGAUCCGGUGCUGACUGCAGCGCCAACGCAGCAUCAGAGCGGCGCCGCGUUCCUGUUGCAGGGAGAAGAACAGCAUCAGAACCGGGACGGGCCGGUUCUGACCCGGAGGUCGGUUCUGAAGCCGCUCAGUGGUUCUGGUUCUGGUCUACCUGUUCAGCCGGUCUCCUGGUUGCAUUUCGUCCUCAGAUGAACGAUGGACGUCUCAUGGCUGUCUCUGCUCAUGAUGGCCGCCAUCUUCGCCACCUCCGUCCUGCUGGCCGCCGUCUGCUUGGACUGCGGCAACAAAAGUCCUCUGGCCUCCAUUAGCCAGACGGCGGCGUCAGAGGAAUACGUCCCAAGUUCUGGAUUCAUUGUUGUCCAUCCAUGUGCCGGUCAGGCCCGGCUGGACCAGAACCUGGUCCACUCUCCCUCCACCCUGAAGCCUCACCCGAUCCCUGCUGGUCGCGGUUCUGGCCAGCCGCUCCGGCCCUACACACCGACAGAAACCGAGAGCAACCCGAGUUACGAGAACCCGGCCCCGGGAACAGAUUUUCCCGACAGCGACGCUGAAGGCAACGGAUACAUAGAGGUCAUUCCUGGAGCCGAGCCGAGCCGAGCCUCCACUCCCAGUUUAGAUAGCGCUGACUACGUCAACCUUGAAGAUGAAAAGAAAAAACAAGAACUAGAACCGAAACCAGAGGAAGAGCCAGACCAGGACUCGGACUCGGACUCAGAAUCUGAUCACAACUACGAGAACGUGAAGUCAGCAAACGGAUCUCCUGCAGCCUCGACACCGGACGAAGAUGAGAACUACGUGAACGUGAACAUGAACAAAUGAUCCGGUUGGCCCAGCAGGAGGACUGGUUCUGACAGCUCUUCAUCCUCAUCUUCAUCAGAACCAGGAUCCUCCAGCCUCCGUUUACACUGCUGUUUCACCUCAUAGCUUGAUUUCUGUAAACUUUGACUAGACCUCUAGACUGAUUUGUGCGGCUAAUUUAAGGCGAAAUAAUCUGACAGGGAGCUAAAGAUGAGGGUGAUGGACCGGAGGCCUUCCAGCCUCUGGGGCGGUUGGCCUGAUGUGAAGCCAGUAAAAGUGUUUCUAUUAAUGAGAAGGGUAGAAAUACUUUUUAAUAUAUUUUAUCCAAAUAAAAGUAGAAAGGGAUUUUUUUUUUGUUUUGGAAGUUUUCUAUUUUCCAACCAUAAAACAAACUUCUUGGUUUGAAUCUGCCAAGAAUAUGAAGAGUGAGAGCAAAAAAUGCCCCGACAGGAGGAGGUGAAAAUAUGAACGUCUCUAGUUUGUCAGAAACUCCAGAACCGAAACAUGAUUUUCAUCAUCCAAGAUUUUCUCCAUAUCUUGGAUGAUCCAGCAGCUUCAGAAACCAAUCAACAGAAACAAACCGGGUCAAUUAGCCAAUCAACUGGAAAAAUGACUUUAGUGACAUUUUCACCAUGUCACUCGUUCAGACGCCAGUUUAUGAUUGCUUGAGGCUAAAUGCCCAAAUUAUUGCUGUUAACUUUUGAUUGUGUAACUUUUCAAAUGACACACAUGAAAGGAAACAUCCUAUUUACUUGGAUAAGCAAAUGGGAAGGUCAGAGGUCAGCCAGUCAUUCUGGAUGAAAGGGAGACAGUCGGGGACACAGCCAUGUUGAACUAACUGGGAUUAAAUAAUCCAACGAUACUAAUCUGUUAGAACGAGCUGACGCAGACUCCUUAAUCUAGAUUAGGUUGUCUCUCUGUGUUUCUGCUUUGACUCUCCAGAUUUUUCAAUAAUCUGAUCAAUAAUCUUAUUAUUGAUCACUGCUUAUCUAAAGCUUCAUGUUCACCUCCUAAGAAUUUCCUUUAAAUGUGACUUUUAAAUCCAGAAGAGGAAUCUCUGAAACAUUGAACCAAAAAUCCAGAUUAAUCCAGAGUAGCACUUCCUGUUGUCAGGCAUCGGGUUAAAUAUUUAGUUUAUUAAUUCAUUGCAACUUUACAAAUGACUGCGGUAUUUUUGCUGGCGUUGGACGCCGUUUCAUUUCACUGACGACUCCUGAGAAUGUUUUUGAUCCAGCGUCUAUUUAAAUGUUUUCUGUCAUCUGAUAUAGAAAUGUUUUUAUCUGAAUUAAAUUUUACAUUUUAGAAAAACCCGAGACUCUGGCUUCCUUGCUUGUCUGGGGACUGCAGCGCCCCCUGGGGACAAACUCCAGAUCAGCAGAUCACCAUUAAAUUAUUUAAUCCGAGGAUAAAUCNAGAAUGUUCUCAGGAAUAUUUUCCUUCUACAUGUCCAGAACUCAAACAACCCAGGAAGUUGCCAGAUCUUCAUGGGGUUCUGGUUCUGACCCGAUUCUGCUCCCAGGGGGCAUUUUUAGAAAAAGCCCUCAGAUGGAGCUCCGCCCAGAACCAGAACCUGGGCUGCUUGGACCCAGGUUCUGGUUUUGUUCAUGAUCCAGAUCUUAGGCAGCAGAAACUAACUCAUCUGCUCCAAGAGUCAAGAAGCAGAAGACAAACAAAAUCGAGACAGGCGGCCAUGUUUUCCCGGGCCGGAGGCGGCCAUGUUUUCCUCCUCAUCGUGGAUCGGGUCGGCUGCUCUCUGAACAUAAUGGAUCAAAUUUUCUGUGACCAGACUGGUCAAAGCAGAGACCUCUGGUCCCGAUGGGACCCAUUCUGCUUAUUUAUAAAGGGGCUGAUCUGGGACGGUGCUCACAGACUUGCUUACACACACACACACACACACACACACACACACACACAAUUUCGUUUUCUGUACGAUGACCUGGAGGCCGAUUCUGGUUCUGAAUCCAGAAACACCCUGAAGACGGCACCACGUGGUUCUGACCACAUACUGGAUCAGCAAAACACUGCAGGCCCGGAGGAAUCCAACCAGAACCUAGAAUGGGCUCGACUCCGGACCCCACAGCUGAACAGUCAGAACUUUAGUGGAACUCCAUGGAGUUCUCCACCAGCAGAACCUUCUCAGAAUCAGGAGGCGACGGUUGGACCGGGUCACCAGCAAUGUUCUGUCAACCAAUUUUAGAUCCUCUUUAGCGGUUUGGGUCCAUCUUUGGUCCAGAGAUGUGGGUCAUGAAUGAUGUAACCAAAUUCUGGCCCAGCAGGAACAGAACCAGGACGACCCAGAACCCUCCAGAAACACUUUCCAGAAGCUUCAGAUGAGAAGGAAUGAGAUGGUAAACGUUUCUUCGUUAUUUUAUGUUACUUUUACACAGAUUUGAUGAAUCAGUUAUCGAUCUGUCGGUAUUUCCAGGAAGCAGAAAAGUUUCAGAAUAAAACCUGUGGCUUCAUGUGCCAAGGCUAAGGUCAAGGGUCAUUCUUCCCGUCAUGAGGGGGGGUCCCAAACAUUAGGAAGCGUGGUUCUUGGUUCUGGAAUCAGUUCCUCUGAUCUUCGAGGUUUUCGUCUCGAUUCUUUUUGACGACUAAUUUUUCUCAGCCCGUUUCCGUCCUGAGCUGCCAAGAACUGAUCUGGACUGGAUGGACCAGAACCUUCGGCCCAAUCCAGGACAGAAGGAAUAAAAGACGCCACAUCAGGUUGAAUGUUUCACUAUAUUUAUAUUAUAUCAUUAAAUUUGAUGUAGUACCUGAAACUAACCACACGGGACAGCGUUGGCUGUCCUCAACAAACGGUCCCAGCAAAGAGAGAAAAGAGACAGAGAAAGGCACAAAGAGUCUUCCAACUGAGACGAGGACAAGGACAUGGAGGACAGCGGACAGGCUGAUGAGCAGACAGACACAGAAAGGCACAACUAGAAAUAAUUCUCUGAAAUGUUCUAGAAGUGUUGAUGAGGAGGAGAGGACAGCAGGAAAAGACCAGGGGACACCAGGAGCUCCGUCCUUUUUGUCCCCAAAAUAAAAAA